AUGAGCGAGGAAGAAGAAAUCAGAAGAAGCCUGGGCCAGCUCUUCAUCGUCGGCUUUGAUAGCCUGACUGCCAGUGAAGAUAUCAAGUCACUCAUCAAAGCACCCUUUUACAUCGGAAAUAUCAUUCUGUUCCGACGUAAUGUCCACGAUUCAGAGCAGUUGAUUACUCUCACGAAUGAGCUUCAGCAAACCGCUCGGGAUGCGGGUCAUGCCCGGCCCCUGUUCAUUGCCGCAGACCAGGAGAACGGCUGGGUCAGCCAGAUUAAGCCGCCCAUUGCUACUCAGUUUCCUGGAGCUAUGGCGCUGGGAGCAACGGGCUCCAUCGAAGACGCUACUCAGAUCGGUAGAGCUACGGGUGAAAUGCUAGAUGCACUUGGUAUUAACAUGAACUAUGCUCCUGUCUGCGAUGUAAACUCAGAGCCAUCCAACCCGGUUAUCGGAAUUCGGUCACCAGGAGAUGACGGAGCGAGCGUGGGACGAAUAGCUUCGGCUUUUGCCAAAGGCUUGCGUGAGAAGAAGAUUGUUCCAUGUGCGAAGCAUUUCCCAGGCCAUGGAGAUACGACGAUCGAUUCCCAUUAUGGCCUUCCCAUCGUGGGCAAAUCCAUCGAAGAACUGGAAGCAUGCGAACUGAUCCCGUUCCGCAGAGUGACUGCGGAGAAUGUCGAGUCCGUCAUGACGUCCCAUAUUGUUCUACCGGCACUCGAGGAGUCAAAUCUACCCAUGACUCUCAGCAAAAGCUGCGUGGACUUCCUCCGGGAAAGACUCCAGUAUGAUGGACUGCUGGUGUCUGACUGCCUGGAGAUGGAUGCUAUUCGGGAGUACUAUGGCACUGAAAAGGGCGCUGCUAUGGCAAUUGCCGCUGGCGUAGAUUGUGCCAUGGUGUGUCAUACACUGAAAGUUCAAGUUGGUGCGUAUAACGAAGUCUAUCAAGCUUUCAAGCAGGGGGAUAUCACCUCUGAAGGUGUUGCCAAAUCAGUCGCAAGAGUCGCAGCAUUGAAAGACAAGUUUAUUAGCUGGAAGUCAGUCUUCAGAAAACGGAAGCCCGAGCUGCUUUCAGAACUUCGUCUGGCACAUGAAAGACUUUCAACGAGAAUUUAUGCUCGAAGUACAACAUUGGUGAGGGAUACACAGAAAGUCAUUCCUCUCAAGCCAGCUGAGAACGUGGUAUAUGCAUACAUUUCUCUAGUCGGAGAAAACGUUGCGGUCCCCCAUACUCUUCCACACACCCAGUCAAAAUUCUGGGACGUGAUCAAGCAAUACCACUCAUAUACAAUUGAAUGCCCAGUUCUCCAGGACAUCAUACUUGAAGAUGACGAAAUGACCAAAGCAAAGAUAUCAGAAGCUGAUGCAGUUAUUCUGGUAACCAAAGAUGCAAAGAUGUCCGUAGACCAGGUAGAGCUGACGAAGCUGAUUGAGGGGUUGUCCAAGAAACUCAUUGUAGUGGCUAUUGGAGGUCCGUACGACUUCCUAGAGGAUGAGGAUUUUGUCAAAACCUACCUCACCAUAUAUGAGCCAACCGUUGAAGCCUUUAUACCUGCUGUUAGAAUAAUAUUUGGAGACAUCGACGCGAAAGGAAAGCUUCCAGUGUCGGUUAAACCUUGCCAGGUACCGAUUGAGCCUUUCAACGCAGACAGGGAUCUUGCUAAAGUCGUCGAACUUUGGCAUGGACUUUUACCAAGAUAUGCCGUACCAUCGGCGACACUUUCCCACGUUUUAAGCAGGCCGAAUGGAAACCACCUUGUUUCACGUGUUGAAGAUAAAGUAGUAGGAUUUGUGGCCACAUAUACAAAUGAAGACCGGCCUACGGCAUUCAUCCCCGUGGUCCUUGUGGACUCCGGCCACCAGGGCAAGGGGGUGGGAACCGCACUGAUUGAGCACGCCCGAAUAUACCUUCGAAACGGAUAUUCCACAUCAUCAGUUACAAUCGGUUCAAGCUUCCCUCGGUUCUGGCCGGGCGUCCCAAUGGAUAUUUCAAAACAAGCCCAGGAGUUCUUUAUCCAUCGUGGGUUCUGUCCUGAGCGUAGACCAACAGCAAGGGACUACACUGUCGACUUACUCUCAUACGAAGCACCAAAGGGCGUCUUAGAGCGCGCAGAAAAGGCAGGAGUCACAUAUGCCCCCUGGAGAAAGGAACAAUACGAAGAAUGUAUGGAGAAACAGCGCAAGCUGUUUGGCAAAGACCCCGUGUGGAUGGAGGCUUAUGAAGGGCUAGCACAAACAGGCCAGUACAACCAGGUAAUGGUAGCAACGGACUCAUCGACAGGUGAGCAGAUCGGGUGGACAUUGAUGCAGGAAUUGGGCAUAGGAAUGACACGGGAGCUCGCCAUGCAGCAGCUGGUGGGUAUCAAGUCUGGUCAAAUCGGCUGCGUAGGAGUUGUUCCUGAGGCAAGAAACAAGGGAGUUGGUCUCGCUCUGAUCACGCAUGCUGCCCUUGAUCUGAAACGACGAGGGAUGGAGCAUGUAUUCGUCGACUGGUCGAACCACGUCAACUGGUACGAGCGUGCUGGCUUCAAGGUCUGGGGCGAGUAUCGGACUAUGGUGUUGCAUGAGCUGGCGAAGACUAACUAG